CUCUAGUUCAAAGGAGGCAUAUAUGCCAUUAUCUCAAUUAUUCUGUCAAGGUUAACGAGAAGAAAACCAGAAAAGACGAAAGAGAAAUUACGAGAGAAGGAAUUCCCAGAAUCAGAGACAUAAACACAGUGCGGAGACACGGCGAUGUUCACGUCUAAUCUGAGUACGUGUCAAAGGACACACGUGCUCCUAGUCAGUUGCAGAAAGAAAGAGAAAGGAAGAGAUCAUAAUAAAAAUAAUAAAAUCGAUCCCUACAAAGUCAUCGAAAUUACACCUCCGCCAAAGAGCCUCGGCAUUCGUUGCCUUCCUUCUAACCUGCAAUGCGGGGAGAAUGUGAUGAUCGAAGGACAGACUUACACGAUCUCUGCUGUAACUCAUCGUUACCAGCUUAGAAAAGGGAGGUAUGAACCUAGUGAGAAAAGGCUUGAUGUUUUGUCCACAGGGAGAUAUAUAUUGAAUUUGUAUCUGGAAAACUUGCUGGAAAAAUCUUAGCAAAUAUUCUUUUUAACAGUUCCAAUCUUGAUGAGUGUUGCUGCCUUAAUCAUGUUCCAUAUUUUUAAUAUUUUUUCCAUCUUAACUUUUUACGUAAAUCAUUAACCCAUUAUGUCCAUUUGUGUGCAAAAGCUGAAGAAAAAAGUCCAUGUGACUUGUUGGCAGAAAAGGAAACUUUGUUUAUUAA